AUGACAGGGGACAACGUCUGCUGCGUCGCAGGGCCGCCCGGUUUCCAGGUUGGACAAAAUGGAAUCAAUAGUAUUUCCCCCCUUAACACAGGAAAUACUACUACGGAGCUUCCCUCUUUUCGAGGUAGGGUUCGGAUCAAUGUUGCGCAGUGCCGAUCCUCGAUCCUGACCUGUCCUCAGGAUGACAUCACCCGAAUGCGAACCACAUUAAAUAAUUUCAUGGACUAUGAAUACAUCAUUUAUAACGCAUUACGUGCCGCAUUAGCAAUAAGAUCGGAUUCAACUGGAUACAUGUCGCGACUGUUCGACUGAAAAGGGCUGCGCAGACUUGAUGACGAUUUAUGCUG